CGCAUAAGAGAGAGAGAGAGAGAGAGAGAGAGAGAGAGAGAGAGAGAGAGGCAGAUGAGAGAAAGCAAGAAAUAAAGAAAGACAGGAAAAGAGGGACAGACAUAAGGAGAGCGAGAGAAAGAGGGAGUUUGACAGACAAAAACUGGCAGACAGAGAGAGAGGGCGAGAGAGGCAGAGGCAGAUGAGAGAACGCAAGAAAUACAGACAAACAGGAAAAGAGAGUCAGACAUAAGGAGAGCGAGAGAAAGAGGGAGUUAGACAGAGAGAAACUGGCAUUGCGAGAGAAACUGAGGAAAGGAAGGGAAGGUGUAACAAUGAGAGGGGGUGGGUGAGUGUGAAAAACCUGUUAGGUGAGUUUACAUUGCAGAUGAAUAAUAGUAAAAUAGAAAAAGAAUGAGUGCAAGACAGGGGGAGAGGAAGUGUCUCAUGAACCUUUCUUUAAAAGGACUUUGGAUGCUGGGGCUGUCUGAAAAAGCUAUUUGCAGAAAGAAGAAGAGAGCCACAAUCACAUCAGCCAGUGAAAUCUACAGAACAUAACACAACAUUCUGUGGACUAAAAAGCAGCAAAGGAACAUACUCAGGCUGAAGCUACUCAAUUUUCCUGGAAGAAAACAAGAAGAAAACAAAGUGUCCUGAUAAACUGCCAACAUCCAGCAUAAGCGGAUAUAAAGACGUCUGAGUACUUAGGAUGCGAAGGGAGCUGACUUUUUAGUGGUCUUUAUUUGUUAUUUAUGGUUUGUUCUUUGCUGGAUAUUUUAUUUACUUUUACAUUUAACAGAACUUUAUGCCACUGCUAUACAGCCACACCUGUACCCUGACAAACAAAUCCUUUUUUGUUUAUGGAUUACUCAGAAAGAAUGCCACGUCACCACUUGAAAAGCCUUGAUCACACUGUGCAAAGUGAAUUACAUAGCUGACAACCUACACACAUUUGUUAUGAUCAAAUGGUCAAAUUAUUUAUGUGAUAAAAAUAUGAAACCUGAGCAUGAAACUAAAUACUAAAAAGAGCUUGAAACAUAUGCAGGCAAUCACACUGUAAUGUAAGCACUGUUCCUCACUGUUCAAAAUGGAUAUCUCUGGUGGAUCUACUCGUGUGCCUGAACACUUAACCCGUCUGUCAGUGGCGAGAGCUGGAAAUGGAGAAGAAGAACAAAACAAAAUUCAGCCAUGUGCUGCCCCAUCACAGACCCCAGUUAGGUUCAAAAUCCGUUCUGCUAAAGAAAGACAGGAGUUGUUCACCAAAGCCAGUAGUUUUACAUCUGAGACGCUUGACAAAACAAGCAGAAGUAUCAAAGAGUGUAAAGAAGAAAUACCCAAAGUCCACACCAUUUCACCUCCAUCUCCAGAUACUGAUAAGAUUGACAAAAGAAGACCUAGAGCUCUGAAUCAGCUCAGCCUGCCUAGGAAUCCUGAACUGUCCAUCGGCCCUGAGACAAGCAGUACCAUUCAAAAGAAGUCAGACUGUCUUGAGAGUCAUACUACAAACGAAAGGGGAAGAACAGAGUUGAGGCAACUGUAUCAAUUCAACAGAAGUAAGAGCUUAGACUGGAGAGUAUCAAAGCAUGAAGGAGGACAAGAGAAUCAGACUGAUGUUAUCAGCAAUGCUAAAGACCUUGAAGGGAGAUCCAUGCGACGGUCUGAGAGUUUAAGUUUAGAGAGAAAUGACAUGGCCAGUAGGCCAAACUCUAAUGAACCGGCCCGCCCAUUAAAGAGAGUCUCAUUACGCAUUCAACCAUUCAAUGGACCUGCUCAAAGAAAGCAAGACAGCAGUGGAUUCAUCUCCUCAGCAGCAUCUGGAACUUCACCUGUAAGAACGGUGGCUCUUGCUCAGUCUUUCCCAUCCAGAAUAAAAGUAAAUCAAAGCCAGGACAAGACAGAGGAAAGAAAGAAUCCCUCGAAUUCUGGAAACAGUGGUACCACACCAGAUAAAGCAGAGCACCAUCUCACUUCUCAUGUUGAUGAAUCAAAGGUCAAUGAAAUCACUAGGAAUCAGACUGUUAUGGGCAGAAAUAGUCAUACUGCAUCAGUGGAUAAUAGUGAAAGUUCCCCAACAGGAGUUUUCCAUGGAAUCAUCACUCCUACCACUUUUUUCAGUGUUCAGGCUACUGAUUCAAAUUCAAAUCGCAGUGAGCCCACUAGAAGUUCAAUAGAUAGAAGCAUAUCCGUUUCUUCUUUGAGUAAAAUGAAGACUGUUUCAUAUAAACCAGAAAAGAGCGGUACCUUCUCAAAAGCACCCUUCAAAAAGGGACCAGACACUUCAAUUGUGUUACCAAAUGGACAAGAUAACUUGGAUGCAAUGUCAACGUCGUCUAAAGAGAGUCAAGAUUCUACAUCUUCAGUGACUAAAAAAAGUGUACGCGAUGAGAGAAGACUGACUGGGAACAUUUUAGGACUAGGAACUCAGUCUUUAGGCAGAACAAGACAUAGAUAUUUUACUUCUCCGAUUUCAUUUUCAGCCUAUGGUCUGAGCAACAGCAAUAGUAUCCAAAAAAGCACCAAGAGUGACACAGAGAUACAAGAAGAAAAAACGACUAGUAGUCCAAAACUGACAAAAAGCAUGGAGACAACAACACUUCCAGGAAAAGAACCACAGAGCACACAGGAAGGAGUUAUUCCUCGGACCAAACCCCAAUCACCCAAAAGUAUGACAGAAGACAGUAAAAAACAUCCAGAAGAUGGGGUUGGUUUGGAGUUUGCCUCCUCAGGAAGUCCAAAUAAGAAGUAUGAUGGCUUGUUUGAGAAAGUCCAAGAAACAUCCUUGACUUCGGUACGAAGCACGAUUCACAAAUUUGAGGCUCUUGCUCAACAAAGCCAGAGUCCAUCAGGGAUCCAGCAUCCCAGAAGGGCUUUCUCAGUUAUAGAGAAGCCAAAAGUGGUACCCAGUCUGAAUAAGACAUAUUCAGAUAGAUCAUUAGGUAAAAGAUUGGGUGACUGGAAUAGAGAAUGCUUGAAGGAGAAUCUUUUUAGUAAAGUCAGUGAUGAGGCAGUGACAAUGGAUGAGCUGAGUGGUCCUGUCCAGACCACAACACAGGAUAAAGAAGGAUCAACAGUGAAAGCGCAAAGUAAAGGAGCUAAAAGUCAGGAGCAUGGAGUUGCGCAGAUUAAGAAACAACCGGAUGAACCUCCAGCCAACCAGAAGAACGAGAAGUUUACUACGAUGAAUAAAAAUGUGGAUGAGCCAGAUUCCUCUAAAGGCAGUAAUCUUAAAUCUUAUCAAAAGUUUAAAAACACUGAAUUAUCUGAAGACAAAGUGAGGAAUUAUCUCAGUUCUACAGGGUCCACCAACACCCAGAAGUCCAGUGGGAUCGCUAAUAUAUCCCAAUCAGAUCUUAAGGACUCUAAUCUCAAGGACAAACUGUCUACAAAAGAUACACCAUUUCAAAAGGAAAGCACCUCUAUGUUACAAAAUUCAUAUUCACCCACUGCAGUAAAGACACCAUCCAAUCUGUUUAGUGACUCAGGAUUAAUCCCUUCUGUCCAAGUUGUAGGUGAUUUCAAUAAUCCCUACAACACAUUUAAAGAUGAAAAAUUAGCUGCAAAAGUCAUUAGGUGGAUUAUGGAUAAAGGGGCUGAUGAUGAGAAUGGUGAAGACGAUGAAGAUGACGAGGGAACAGAGCGAGGAUAUGACUCUGACUCGGGGGAAUCAUCAAUAACCAUCACAAGCAACAUGAGCAGUAGAAGCUUUUGUAUGAGCCUUGUAGAGCUAUGCAGUCUGGGUGGACUGGACCUUCCAGUCUCAGACAACAGUGGGUCAAAGGAUGAUGAAACCUGGAUGUCCAAGCGUACGGUGUCCAUGAGCUCAGACGUUUCCGCCCUGUCCUCUGUGACAUUGCUGGGCAUGGACGAGCUGGAAUGCUUAUUGAAUGAUGUCAGGGGUUUGGAAGCUGAUGCCUUAGAGAACUAUGAAGACGUGCAUGUGGUUGUCCUACAUAAGGAGACAGGACAUGGACUUGGUUUCACUGUGGCUGGAGGAGUGGAUCAGAAUAAACCUGUGACUGUUCACAAGGUUCUACCUAAUGGCUUUGCAGCUCAGGAAGGCUCCAUCCACGAAGGUGAUCAAGUGCUGUCUAUCAAUGGCACUGCUUUACAUAACUCCACUCACAAGGAGGCGCUCCAAACUAUGAGAAAAGCAAAGGGGCGGGGCAUGGCAGUGGUGGUCAUCAGACGAGGUGAUGUCACUGAAACAUGCUACAGCUUAAAAGACAGUCCACAGAAAGCAGCUGGGAAGCCAGGCAGCAGAGUUCGUGUGACUUUGAAUAAAUCCAGCUCCGACCUGGGCUUCAGUCUGGAAGGAGGAGUGGGCUCCAGCUUAGGAGACAAACCCCUCAAAGUACAGAGGCUCUUUCAGGGUGGACCAGUUGGGAAAGUUUUCCCAGGUGACGAACUGCUGGAGGUUGAAGGUCAGAGUUUGGAGGGAUUGAGACGGCUCGAGGUCUGGCACCUGAUUAAGAGAUUGCCCCCUGGCCCUGUGGAGGUCUUACUGCAACGUGCUCAUCAGUGAUAACACAGUGUGGACCCUUUUGUGGGCACUUCUAAUACAGAUUUCAAAAUUAAGUGUGCACAGAUAUGAGUUAAUAUCAAAAUUGCACACACUAGUAUUCAGACCUCAGACUUAAGUGCUACUCACGCAGUGGGUGAAUGUAUGUCUCACAUGUUCACAAUCCUGACCUUUAAUGUAAGUGAAUAUAUUUUGCAAGAUAUGCAGCAAAAAACUCUAUUAUAAACAACACUGUAGUCUGGUGGCUGCUGUAACUGCUAUAUUUCUGACAACAAUGUUUGAGCUAAAGUAAAUGCACACAAAUAGAUGCUGAACUUCUGACAGUUUCAACAAUCUGAAUGCUCAGAAUAUCAGAUCAUGCACCUUCAUAGCAGAAGUGUGAAUAUGAGAAGCUUUCUGUGUAAAUACUGGUGUAACAUUUGAGUUGCUGAAGUUGCUAACUCCACACACAGACCAGAGAGAAGAAAACAUAUUAGCUCUGUAAGAAAUCUGGAAUAAUCUUGUUACACAAUUACGAAUUGGUUUCUGGCUUAAUGGUUAGUCCUAAGUGUUGGAUCAAAAUGCACAAAUCUUAAGAAGAGUUAGUAAUUUUGCUAUAAUAAAAAUUUAAUCAUAUUUCUGUAUAAAAUGACAUUUUCAGAGGAUUACAAAAGCACUAGAGGUCUACGCAACAAUUAAAAGGAGUUGCAAAGAGUUAACUUUUAGAGGUCCUUUGUUUUAUCAAAUACAUUUUUAUGCUUUUAUCCCCGAAUAACUGAAUUAUAUUUUGUCUAUAAAGGUUUACAUGUAACUAAUUGUAAUUUAAGUAAAAUACACAUUGUAUACUGUUCAUUAUUAUUAUUAUU